AAAACAGUUAUUAAACAUGAAGCUGUUCGGAAGACCAGUCUUCGUUCUGAUAAUUCUAGUCCAGCUUUCAUUUUGCAAAACUUGCAAAAAUGGGAAUAGAUUGAAACUGGAUGGACCUGUAGAGUUUCGAGAUGGAGCUUUGGUGCAAAAUGACACGGUUUUCUUAAAAAACGAAUUCUGGAAGGAGGGCGGCGAUUACUAUGGAUGCCCGUGUGACAGAAAAUCUUGCAUUAGGCUUUGCCAUGAAGACUUCGUGCCCAAAGUGGCUGAUGUGAUGAAAAAAAACAUAACGCUACCAGAGGAAAAAUACAAUAUCGACAUAUUUCAUGGAGACAAAUUAAAAACUGUGAAUUUGCAUGAGCACUUUAAUGUGAUAGAAGGAGGUGAAUGUGAUGAGGCCUUUCCUUUGGAUCCAGAUGAGGAGGAAAGCGAUAAGCACGUGAUUUUAGCAAACGGAUCUCUUCAUUUUACUCAUCUGAGUGAUGAUGAAAUGAAAUCUGUUUAUCGCAUCGAAGAGUACUGCAUUCUGACUGAUGAAGACGGGAAACUUCUUGUUUUGCAAUGCUUUUUUAACGAUACUGGUUUGGGCAAACAAGAGGGAGCAAUGGAAUUUCAUUUUUACCUUUACCCAGUCUUCAUGAUCUGCUCCGUAAUUUUCCUUUUUCUCACUUUACUUGCAUUCAUCGUCACACCGGAAAUGAAAAAUCUUCACGGAAAAAGUAUCGCGUGCCAAUCAUUUACCCUAAUGAUGGCUUACAUUGGCCUUACAGUAACGUAUUUGUCAGGAACCGAUAAUCACAUUAUUGUCUGUAAAACGUUUGCCUACAUUGCUUUUUACUUCCUACUCAGCUCAUUCUAUUGGCUAAAUACAAUGUGCUUUGACAUUUUCAUGACCUUUGGUAAUUUCAAGAAAAUGACUGGCUCUUUACAACAGACGCACAAAAAAAAGUUUCGCAUGUACGCGCUGUAUUCCACGAUCAACCCUUUGAUUGCCUUGAUGCUAGUUGUUAUACUUGAUCACACUGUCAGCCACACGUCCUAUUUCUAUCCCGGUAUUGGCUUUAAAAGUUGCUGGUUCCGAUCACACCAUCAGGAAUUUUUCUUUUUCCAAGGCCCUGUUCUAUUUCUGCUCUUUUUAAACACCAUGUACUUUAUCGUGACCCUGGUGAAAAUCACCAAGAUGAAGAACGAAGCAGCGGUUCUGAAGAGAGGCGAUAGCAUGACGCACGGAGGAAAGGGUUCUGGGCUGGAAGACAGGCAAAGGCUGGCCUUGUACGUGAAGCUGUUUUUGCUGAUGGGUGGCACGUGGUUGAUGGAGGUGAUUUCGUGGGCGGCCCACAGCAAGCCCAAGUGGUUGUGGGUGCCGUUUGACAUCAUCAACUGUUCCAGGGGAGUUUUGAUUUUUAUCUUCUGCGUCGUCACCAACGUCAAAGUCCGAAAUUCGCUCUUACGCCGUUAUUUGCCAAAGUACGCGAGUCAUGACAUCAGCGGCACGGAGCAACGUUCUUUCCACUCAAAAGCGUCCGCCACCUCUGAUAUGUCAGUGACAAAUGAUGAUCCAUCCGCUGCAGUGCCCCUAAAAAAUCUGAGGCAAGACGAAACGUCUUUUUAAGUAAAUGAAUUAAAUGAUGAAUUUUUUUUUAAAUAUUAUGGAAUAGUAAUCAUUACAAAGUUAAGAUCUCAAUUGUUUGUUAAAAUAAUUUCAUAAUUUUGGCCUACGACAAAAUUGGCUAAAUUUGUAUAAUUUAAUCAACUUUUUAAUUAUUUUUAUGAGUAAUAUUUUAUAUUCUUAUAAUUCUGAUCCGCGAUUGAAAUUAACAUUAUCAAAGCAUUGGUUGUAAAUUUAAUAAAUAAGA